AUGGCCGACUACAACACCUCUUCUUCUGCCUUGAGAAAGCGCAAGACUGUCAAGAAAACCAUCAACUUCUCCUUCAUGAUUGUAGGUGAAAGUGGUCUGGGCAGAUCAACCUUCAUCAACUCCUUAUGUGGAGGGAAUACCAUUGUUCCCACAUCACUGACUGCAACUCAAGAUCCAUAUUCGAGAAAGCUUACAUUGAGACACGAGAAUGUGGAGUUGGAGGACAACGAUGGUCACAAGAUCUCCUUGAACAUUAUAGAUACCCCUAACUUCGCCAAUGCCGUGAACUGUGAGGACGACUUCAAGAUUGUAGUGGACUUCAUUAGACACCAGUACGAUGAGGUUUUGUUGGAAGAAAGUAGGGUCAAAAGAAAUCCUAGAUUCAAGGACGGAAGAAUCCAUGUCCUUCUCUACUUGGUCAAUGCCACAGGCCAUGGUUUGUCCGAGAUCGACGUGAAAUUCAUGCAACACGUCAGUGAUUUGGUAAAUAUAAUCCCGGUCAUUGCUAAAGCAGACACAUUAACUCCAGAAGAGUUGAAGCUCAAUAAGCAGUUGGUUUUGGAGGACUUGAACACUUAUAAAAUCAACUACUACAAGUUCAACGAAUACGAGUACGAAGAGGAUUACAUGGAUGACGAAAUCAUUGCGUACAACAAAUACUUGAACCUGUUAAUUCCAUUCGCCGUAAUUGGUGCUAACACUUACCAAGAACUGAAGGACGACGAUGAGAUGUUGAAGUUGAGAGUUUUGAACCCUGCAUGGGCACUCCCUAUCAACAUUGAAUUGCCCGAGUUCAAUGAUUUCACAAUCUUGAAGAAUAUUCUUUUAAUCACGCACUUGAAUGAGUUCAAGGAACUUACCCACAAUGUUAUCUAUGAAAACUACAGAACUGAGGCUUUGUCUGGUAAACAGUUCCACUACAACUCUGACCAACGAACCCUCCGUGAAGACUCAAAGGACAAUGCAAGUCUGGAGGCUCCUGGCAACUACUUGGAGAAGGAGGAGCAAAUGAAGUUGGAAGAAGAACGUUUGAAGAAGUUUGAGGAGAGAGUACACCAAGAUUUACUCAAUAAGAGAAACGAACUCUUAGAAAGAGAGAAGGAAUUGAGGGAAAUUGAGCAGAGAUUGAUGGCGGAGGGCUUGAGCUUGACAGACUCCAAUGAGGUGAAGCCAGUAGAUGCUGAAGCUUAA